AUGGAAAGUUCAAUAAGGUUCGGACUGUCGUUCAGCAUCGAGGAGCGGCAGGCGCUCGGCAUUCACGGUCUGUUGCCGGCCGUCGUACGCACGGAGAACGCCCAGUUGCAGCACUGCCUCGAGCUGUUGCGACACUAUGAGGCUCCACUGGACAAAUACAUCUACCUGAUGGGGCUGCUCGAUCGCAACGAACGCCUGUUUUACCGCGUGCUCGCGUCCAACAUCGGCGAGAUGAUGCCGCUCGUCUACACGCCAACGGUAGGACUCGCCUGCCAGCGCUACAGCCUUGUGUACCAACAGCCGAAGGGCAUGUACAUCACGAUCAACGAUCGCGGCCACGUGUACGAGGUGUUGAAGAACUGGCCAGAAUCGGACGUCCGCGCGAUCGUCGUGACAGACGGCGAGCGCAUCCUCGGGCUCGGCGAUCUCGGUGCAAACGGGAUGGGCAUACCGGUUGGCAAGCUAGCGCUCUACACGGCGCUCGCCGGCAUCAAGCCGAGCCAGUGUCUGCCGGUGACCCUCGACGUCGGCACCAAUACGCAGUCCAUUCUCGACGAUCCCCUGUAUAUUGGGUUGCGCCAUCGGCGCGUCACCGGCCCCGUCUACGACGCCCUGGUACAGGAGUUCAUGGAGGCGGCAGUGCGCCGCUUCGGACGCAACUGUUUGAUUCAGUUUGAAGAUUUUGCCAACGCGAACGCGUUCCGCUUUCUCGACCAGUAUCGCAACGAUUAUUGCACUUUCAACGACGACAUCCAAGGCACGGCAUCGGUAGCCGUGGCCGGGUUGUUUGCGUCGCUGCGCAUCACCCGAACCAAGCUGUCCGACAAUCGAAUGCUGUUUCAGGGUGCCGGCGAGGCUGCACUCGGCAUUGCCGAGCUGUGCGUGAUGGCGAUGUGCAGCGAUGGCCUGAGAGAGGAGGAGGCCCGCCAGCGUAUCUGGCUGGUCGACAGCAAGGGGUUGAUCGUGAAGGACCGGCCGGCUGGCGGUAUCAGUGGUCACAAGCACCACUUCGCCCACGAACACGAGCCGAUUGACACGCUGCACGAGGCGGUGAUUGCGCUGCGGCCAACGAUACUGAUCGGGGCGGCAGCCAUUGCCGGUGCGUUCACGCCAACCAUUCUGCGUGCGAUGGCAGACUGCAACGAACGACCGGUCAUUUUCGCCCUGUCAAACCCGACCAGCAAGGCGGAGUGUACGGCGGAGCAAGCGUACGAGAACACGGAUGGGCGAGCAGUUUUCGCAUCCGGAUCGCCGUUCGCACCAGUCACCUACGGUGGACGCACGUUCUAUCCAGGCCAGGGUAACAACUCGUACAUCUUUCCGGGCGUGGCCCUUGGUGUGCUGUGUGCGGCGGCUGCCACCAUUCCCGAGGAGAUUUUCCUAUUGUCGGCCCAGCGACUGGCCGAUAUCGUGACUGACGAGGAUUUGGAGCGCGGCAGCCUCUACCCGCCGCUCGAAAACAUAAAAAAUUGCUCGAUCUCCAUAGCGACCCACAUCAUGGAGUACGCGUACGAACAGGGACUGGCGUGCACGAAGCCAGAACCGAAGGACAAGGAAGCCUUCGUUCGGUCGCAAAUGUACGAUGCCAGCUACAAAUCUGCGCAGCCAACGGUUUACGCUUGGCCGAAGCUAUAAGGACCCAACCGGCGGCCUAACGCUAACCGAUCACCCCACAUACUCUGCUUUAUCCUAUGUGUAUGUGUAUGUUGUUUGAUUUUUGUUGUGCAUAUUUUCUAUCUGUUAUUUACUCUCUCACUUGGUGUUAGAUCGUUACAAUGGUGAUCCUUUUUUCUCAUUAUUUGUUACUUACUUCGCGUACUGAUUCCUCUGUUUCGCAUAAAGCAGCAUAAAAUCUGUGGUCACAAAUCGGUAAAAUCGCACUCUUGGCAUGCCUUAAGCCUUUAUCUAUUGAUUAAUACAAAUACAAACAUCACCGAUCACUAACUGGUAAAUCUCUCCCUCUCCCAUAUGCCACUAUAUGCACCGUGUAGAAGAAUGCGCAUAUAAUGCCCACGGACACGUGUACGCCAACAUGUGAUGCUGUUUUUUUUAGUAUGUGGAUUAAAAUAAACGCAUUUGUAACUUCAUAUGAAAACUAGAAACAAGUUUUAUUUACCAAUAAUAUUGCAAUGCGCUGAGAUACUCUCAUCUGAACUGGGCUAAAAAGCAUGUUAAAGUUUGGUAACA